UUGAAGCGCGGACGCUUCCGGUUACAGGUCCGCCCCCACAGCUGAGCGCAGAACGACAUUUGUUAUUGAAGAGUCAGUUUGGGGUGGGGUGAACAAACUGACUGUCAGUAGGCUACACUUCCGUGGGUAAAUACGGGAAACGCCUGUCUACCGUGUAAACCUGUAGGCGUGGAUCAAGUGUGAGGAAGUUUACCUGGGGCAGAUGCCUUCCGUAAGUGAUGAUUCAUUUUUUGUGAAUCUCCUGUGCAGGAUCAUAGACUACAGGGUACUUUCUCUUCACAUAGCAACAAAUCGCUGCAACUGAGUAACCUGAAAACAGGAAUCAUGGAGAACUGCUGUGGUCUGCUUACGGUGAAAAACGAACCAGUUCCUCUGAAGAGUGUGGAGGUGGAGCUGGAGGUGAGGGACCAUGUAGCGACAGUGGUCUCCACUCUGACCUAUGAGAACAAAGAAGACAAACCGUUAGAGGCUGUUUUUGUUUUCCCUCUGCCUGGAGAUGCUGCUGUCUGUCAUUUCAGUGCUAAGAUUGGACAGACAGAGAUAGUAGCUGAGGUGAAGGAGAAACAGAAGGCUCGUGAGGAGUAUGAUGAUGCUUUGAGCUCCGGUCAGCAAGCCUUUCUAUUGGAGGAGAGUGAACAAAGUCCAGAUAUAUUCUCUCUGAGUGUAGGCAGUCUCCCACCAGGAGAGAGUGCCUCAAUCAGACUGGAGUAUGUCACUGAGCUAACUGUGCAGGCUGAUGACGGCCUGAGGUUUUGUCUUCCGGCUGUGCUUAACCCUCGCUACCAACCUCAAGCAAGUGGAGGUGGCAACGUCCAAGUGGCAUCUCUUCCAUCUUCUUUGGUGCCCUACAGCCUGGCUUUCUGUGCCCGAGUGUCAUCUCCCCGUCCGGUAUCUAAAAUAGAGUCAAACUGUUCCCUUGAUCCACCUCAGUAUCUCAACACAGAGCAAACCCAAGCCACGAUCAAGCUGGCUGCCGGGCACAAGUUUGACAGGGAUGUUGAACUGCUGAUUUAUUACAAAGAUGCCCACCAACCUGCUGCUGUGGUGGAGACAGGACAGGCCUCUGCCAAACCUGGCACUCUGAUGGGGGAUCCAGUAGUGAUGCUGAGUCUGUACCCUGAGUUCCCACAGGCUGUGAUGUCUUCAGUUGCUUCAUGUGGAGAGUUUGUGUUCUUAUUGGAUCGAUCUGGCAGCAUGGAUGCACGUCUGAACAACAGCAAGAAUGCUCAGACGCGCAUUGGCAGCGCCAGGGAUACUCUUCUCCUCCUGUUAAAGAGUUUACCAAUGGGCUGCUAUUUCAACAUUUAUAGCUUUGGGUCCAGAUUUGAACACAUCUUCCCGAAGAGUGUGGAGUACAGCCAAACGACCAUGGAAACUGCCUUGAAGAAAGUUGGGGAGAUGGGGGCUAAUCUGGGAGGAACAGAGAUCCUUGAGCCCCUUAAACAUAUUUACAACCAGCCCUGCAUCCACAAUCAACCAAGACAACUGUUUGUCUUCACUGACGGAGAAGUGGGGAACACCAAACAAGUCAUAGAUGUGGUGAAGAAGAAUUCACAUUCACACAGAUGUUUCUCUUUUGGGAUUGGAGAAGGGGCAAGCUCUGCUCUUAUCAAUGGGUUGGCCAAGGAAGGAGGAGGUCAUGCUCAGUUCAUCACAGGGACUGACAGGUUGCAACCCAAAGUGAUGCAGUCACUGCGAUAUGCUCUGCAACCAGCUGUGAUAGACAUCUCAGUCACCUGGGAUUUGCCAAAGGAUGUGUCUGUUACUGUCCUUUCCCCGCCAAUCACAGCACUUUUCCAGGGUCAAAGGUCACUGCUUUAUGCCCAACUCACUGGACAGAUUUCAGAGGCAGCAGAGGGCUGUGUGACAGUGAAGUAUAGCCUGGCAGGUCAUCCCUCUCAGAACCAGUUUACAUUCAGUCUGAAACCUGCAGAGGACACUGGACUAACAGUCCACAGGUUGGCUGCUCAGACUCUGAUUCGCUCCCUGGAGAUGGAAGACAGAGAGUCCAGAGAAAAGCAGGAUGAAAGUGUGAAGAAGAAGGUGGUGGAGCUCAGCGUGCAAUCAGGAGUGAGCAGUGCCUUCACUGCCUUUAUUGCUGUCAACAAAGGCGAUGGCGAGGCGAUACAAGGACCUCUGGUGCGCAGAAAUAUUCCAACACCCAGGUUUAUGUCCCUUGGUAUGCCAAUGUCUUCUUCCACGCUCUGUGGUGCGCCUCGAAUGAUGGCCUGUGCAAUGACUCCACUAAGGAAGUCUGCUGUUCAGUUUGAACAGCAGAGUGACAUUGUUCAUUGUUUUGGUGGAAUGAUGGACUGUGCAAUGCCUGAAUCAAUUCAAAUGUCAUGUGAUGGCUUUGACAACACUGGUGAACAAUGCGUGCCCAGUCAGCCCCCCAUGGACCCUUUGCUUCAGUUGGUCUUCCUCCAGAAGGCGUCUGGCUGCUGGGACCUAGCUCCAGCUCUGGCUACAGCACUGGGCAAGACCAGUGAAGAGGUGGAAGAGAUAAAGCCUGCAUCGGUGAACCACGAAGUAUGGGCCACCAUUCUGUCUUUGAUCUGGCUUCAUGGUUUCAAGAUUGAUGUUCAGGAAGAGUGGGAGCUUCUGGCCAUGAAGGCUGUGUCAUGGCUCCGUGCACAGAAUGCAUCAUGUGUGCAAGAGUGCAUGGAUGCUGGAAAUGCACUGUUGGGUUGUAAAGUGCAGAAAGACGCUCUGGGACUCUGAGGCUUUCAUAACUGGCUUGGUCUUCAAGACUGAUACACAUCCAGAUUUAUACCAUCUUACAGCCUGUACUCUAUUAAUAUUGCACUAUAAUGUCUUUGCAAUAUGCACUGGAUACACUUCUUUUUCAAGGGGCUAUACAGCUCAGCUGCUGGUCCCUCUUACUUUUGCCUAUAUUCUUUUUCUUGUUCUUGCACUCCUUGCUAGGAUAUCAGACUUGAAUUAAGAUGUAUCUUAUUGGCCUGAAUAACUGUUUAAAAAUGUGUACUUGCUUUUGGACUGCAGCCCGUCGGUUUCAUAUUGACUUAUGUAGCUAAUAAUAAUAACAUACUUACACACACAAUUCCAAGAGAUCAGAAGACUAGGCUUCAGUGCUUUUAUCAGUUUGUGUUGCAGGAUAUGAGUACAUCACAUUAAAUAACUCACAUGUUUAUCCCUUAUAUAAAUAAAGACAUGGGAAAAGUGUCUUACCCUUCUCUGAAUGCUCUUGUCCUCCUCCCCUCUCACAAUCCCCUCUUUGAGUUCAGGGAUCAAGAGAACCCCAUAGAUCUUCAACCUAUGUUAACAUUGUGAUUUUUCCAUGAAAGAAGAGAACCCCAUUUUCAUACUGAAAACCCAGAGUUGACCCUGAAGUGACCACGUUAACUACAAAACCUGUUCAACAGUGCAAUUGCCAAAUGUCCACAAAUGGUCUUUUGGUCCAAUUGUGCCGAUGGUAGCCUUGCUGCAGGCUUUGAAAAUGUAUAACACAUGAGUCAUACUCUACUUAAUGUAGGCAGUUUACCCUAAAAGUGAAAUAGUAAAAAACAAUAUAUGGUUUUCAUAGGAAGUACUGUUUGGUCAGAUUUAGAUUAUGUAUCUCAAACUGAAAACUUUUAUUGAUCAACAGUAAAAUAGUUUAAAUUUAAACAUAAUUUAUCUCCUAUGUGGAGAUCAGUUUGCAGGAAUGAAUUACAAACCCUGUUCAUUUUCUGGAUGAAGUACAGAAAUGUCUCAAAAUGAUGUAUUUAUAACUCAAAAUAUGGCACAAGCUCAAAGUCUGCCUCUACACACCAAACAGCUGGUAACACAACGCUGGUUGUUAU